AAAGCCAAGAGGCCCCCAGUAGUAGCUGAGUGGGGAGGAACGGCUGCAUGGGAGGCGUAGCAAGGAUUGAUGAAUGUUUGUACUGUUUGAUAACAUGUGCGAAAAACUUAGUUUGUCGAUUCAUAAUCUUACUGUAUUAGCCAGAAAGUAGAUAGUAUAAGCACACCUGGAUGUGCCAUGGAUCCUGCAAUGCGUCAUAUUUGGAAGAGAGUCUUUUAUCGUCUCCACAGAACCCUUAUUUUUCCAAAGAGGAAUAAUUCAGGACAUGCUGAGCAUACAGCCUUCCCUGCUUCCAGUCACUCAAAGUGUAUCAAGCCCACACUCCUGGUGUCUCGUCUCUACCAGCCUUCAAAUCUGCGUGAUGUGGGGCAGGACAGCCGGCUGGCUGGGGAGAUGACCUGCAAGAGCCAGAGACUCAUGCAGCAGGCUGGACUUAUCCAUCCAUCCAACCCAGGAUGCUACUACUACCUCCCUGCCACUGUCCGUUCCAUGGAGAAGCUGGUGAGGGUAAUUGACAAGGAGAUGCAGGGGAUAGGUGGGCAGAAGCUGGAUAUGCCCAGUCUGUGCUCGGCCGAUCUAUGGAAAACCAGUGAGCGCUGGGAUUUGAUGGGAAAGGAACUGUUCCGUCUCAAAGACCGCCACGGUGCCGACUACUGCCUGGGUCCCACACAUGAAGAGGCUGUGACAACUCUUGUUGCUCAUCAAACGACUCUCUCCUACAGACAGCUGCCUCUGCUUCUUUACCAAAUCACCCGCAAGUUCAGAGAUGAGCCGAAGCCAAAGUUCGGUCUUCUACGAGGGAGGGAGUUUUACAUGAAGGACAUGUACUCAUUUGAUGUGAGCGAAGAGGCUGCUUAUCAGACGUAUGAAUCUGUGUGCCAAGCAUACAACCGGUUCUUCGCCCGGUUGGGCCUGCGUUGCGUUCAGGUGCAGGCAGACACAGGAAACAUUGGCGGUACGGUCUCCCAUGAGUUCCAGCUGCCAGCAGACAUUGGUGAAGACCGACUCCUGAUCUGUGAGAACUGCUCAUUCUCUGCUAAUGUGGAGACUUUGUCAUCAAACAGAACUGACUGUCCACAGUGCAAAACUGGCACAGUAGUAGAGUCAAAGGGUAUAGAAGUAGGUCACACCUUCUACCUGGGUAAAAAGUACUCCCACAUGUUCAAAGCCACCUUCAACAAUUCCCAGAACAAGCCCACUAUUGCAGAGAUGGGCUGCUAUGGUCUUGGGGUGACCCGUAUUCUGGCUGCAGCCAUCGAAGUGAUGUCUACCGAAGAAGGGAUCCGCUGGCCGGGUCUUAUCGCCCCUUAUCAGGUUUGUGUUUUACCUCCCAAGAAAGGUAGUAAGGUGGAUGAAGCUUCAGUUGUAGCAGAAGAACUGGUUAACACUUUGGGAGAGACUCUUCCUAGUUUAAGAGGUGAGGUUGUUCUUGACGACCGCACGCAGAUGACCAUUGGAAAGAGGCUGAAGGACGCCAGCCGACUGGGCUACCCUUAUGUUAUUGUGGUAGGACAGGCAGCUCUUGAGGAAACACCAAAGUAUGAAGUGAUCUGUCAGCAGACGGAUGAGACAAUGUUCCUCAGUAAGGAUGGACUGCUAGAUCUACUGGGAAGAGUGGAAACUGUAUGAUUACAAUAUUAAAUUUGGAAAUUAAUAUUUUUUUUGUUAGGUGGUGGGGAAAUUAUAAUAAAUCUUCAUAUGUAUUUUUUUGCCUUAAUGUAAAGACUUUAAAGCUUGAACUGAUUGGGAGUUGCUGUUAAAACAUAAUGGACCUUGGAUUUCUGAAUUAUUUGGAUACAGUAGUGCAAUAAAAAAGAACAACUGCAUCAUUGCCUUUUCUUU